AUGGUCAUUCUGCAUCACCUCAACACCUUCGCGGCCAUGGAGAAUAUCCAAGCGCCAAGCCCUCCUAUUACUCCUCCUGCCCACCAGGAGUGCCUCUCCCCAGCUCUGCCUUCUCCUAACGAGUGCGACAACAACAACAACAAGACCAUGGGUGAAGCUCAAACCCGCCAGCCUUCUCCCGACAGGGCGUCGCGCUCUUCCUUCUCCUCCAUCCGCGAGAACGAAAACACCCUCACCCAGACCUUCACCCACUCCAAGAUCUCCCACCUCGACGUCGACGAAGAGGUUGUGGACGAUCGCACCCCCGAGGUCACUCCCGGCCCCUCGACCCUAAACAAGGUCGACACCUUCAGCAUGAUCCAGACACAGUUCCGCCCCCCAGUGACCCAACCCAACAGCAGGCUUCGUGGCUACGUCGCCCCCGCCGACAGUUUCCAAGGCUGGAAGGGAAUCCAGGUCAGAGGCAAGCUUGCUAGCAGGAGCUUUGGAGACCUGACCAUUUUGAAUAACGUUUGGGGUAGUCCGCCAAAGGAUCCCAGAAGUGUCAAAAUCAGGCCAGGUGAGGCUCCUAUCGAGAGGCUUCCUGCCGAAAUUUUGACUGCCAUCAUCAGCCUCCUCUUCCUCGAUGUCCCCCCGAACGGCGUAACCCGGCGCAACAUUGAUCUGAUGUCGCUGUUGCUGACGUCCAAGACACUCCACCUUGCGACCUUGAGCACGCUGUACAGCCAGAUCACCAUUCCCCACUCGAGAAUCUUCCACAAGUUCCUGACCCAUAUCGCCGAGCACCAAACGCUGGGCACAAUCGUCCGACGACUUGACUUCUGCCACUUCAACCCUUCACAGCUCUUCUCCACGGCUGCCGAACGAUCCCAGGCUCGCAAUUUGACUUCCGAGACCUUGCUCCGAUGCCUCGAGUUGACCCCGAACCUUCAGGAGUUCUUGGUGCAGGAGCAUAUCGACCAGGAUUUGAGCGUGGAUGUGUUGAGGAAGCUGUUUUUAGGUCUUGAGCGCAUGGAGGCUUUGGACUUUUGUGGAUGUACUUCGACCUUUUUUAAGGAUUCCUUCACGUCGAUAGUGACUGCGGAUUGGCCCGCGCAGCUGUCGAUUCGCCGCCUUUCGCUGCACAAGUGCUUGACAUUGCCUUCAACUGUCUUUGAGGCUAUUCUUCCCCGACUGACCCGGUUGACGCACCUUGACGUCGCCGGCACUCGCAUCACUGAUGCGGCCCUCAUGUCGAUCCCCUACACGGCCAGGAUCACUCACCUGAACAUCGCCAAGUGCAAAUUGCUCUCGGCGCGCGGCGUGAUUGAUUUCCUCGCUAACCACCCUGCUGCCCAAGGUCUCGUAUACCUGAGCUUGGCUACUGAUGCCAGAAGCCACCAGCUCUUUGACGUCCAAGACAUUUCCGAGCUGAUCCCCAUCCUUCCUGCAACCCUCAAGUCCCUCAGUUUGAAGGGAAGCAAGAUGGAUCCUUCGCACAUUGACUUGCUUCGGCCCUUGACCAAGCAUCUCGAGGAACUGGCUAUUGGCCGAUCCCUUCUUCUGGAGGAUGUUAACCGUCUUUUUGUGCCGGACGAGACGGACGAUAUUGAGAAGCAGCUCGAAUGGGUUCCUCACACGCUCAAGUUCCUCGAUCUCUCGGAUUUGUGGGGUAACGAGCUGGACCUGGUCUAUCUGUUCAACAGCCGCUGUGCCAUCAUGAAGCCCUUCUCGGCCCCUCUCGAAGUGGUUGAGUUGGCGGAAGAUGUUUUCCGUCGUGUGGUGAAGUCGUCUGCCACCUUGCAGCGCAUGGGCUGGCGCACCUCGGAGGUGGGAAGCCGCGGAUGGAUGGUGCGACAGAAGUCUCAAGACCCCUCUGUGCGACACGACGACGGCAGCCGUGGUUGGAAGAUGGGCGCCGAAGCUUGGGGAAUGAGAAAGAUCCCCGUCGCAAGAGCUGAGGUCGGCGGAAUGUACGGGAGCUUCAUGUUUGGGCGCAAGCUCUAA